AUGUCCUCUACCACUGCUACCGCAUGGACAAGAAGACGAGAACGAAGCACUCGCAAGCGCAAAAAGACGUCCAAAUGCCGAAGUAGUCUCCAGCUGGACUUGGAGCAUGCCAUUCAAAUGCCACGAGGCGUCCAUCGCACCAUGGAUUUGGUGCGAGCCGCGCAUCCGCACGACAUUCCGGCCUUGAAUGACUACAGUCCUUUGACAGAUGUCAUCUUGCUCACGGGCUCGACGUAUACGCGACGCCGUGGCAAUCGGAUUCCUGCCGACUUGAUGCCGACUAUCAAGAGUCUCAUCCAACUCUGUCACGACCGUGGCAUUUCCAUGGAUGGAGGACGCAAACUGGGCGAUUCCAUUAUGCAACGACCGUUGGUGUUGGCCGCGUAUUAUGGAUUUCGAGAUUUGGUGGAGGCACUGUUGGAUCUGGGGUCUACUACCGUCGACAAGGCCGAUGGAGAAGACAGAACGGCAUGGCACGCUGCCCUUGCAAAUCCUGCCGGUCAAAAUCAUAUCUUGCGAGACUGUGACAAGGAAAUUGCACAACUGCUCGUGCAGCGGGGUUUCGUGACGGCCAGUCUCAAGGAUUGGAAACAACAACACGCAAAAGGAUCUCUCAUGUACAUGAAUGGGGACGCCAUACACGGAUCGGCCCUCUUGACGGCCAUUCGCCACAAAAAUCAUGCGGCUGUACAAUUCUUGGUACACCAUGGGGCCGUAUUGACAGAUCGAGAUUACUUGGCGUUGACGCGCAAGCGAGGUGGUACGGCGCAAUUGGAAGCUGCCGUCUCCAGACUUGUUCUGGACAAUAAUCAACACGCAUCAUCAUCUCUUCAACAACAACACGUAGUCAUUAUGAAAUGCUGGUCCAUUCACACGGAUUGGUCCUUUCCACCAACGUGGAAAGUGGCCAUUCAACUCUCCAGCUACUGUGGAUUGCCUCGAGAAAUCUUUGAGGAUCAUGUGCGGCCCUACUUGGCGAGAGACUGGUUCUAUUGCAAAGAACAACGAAAUGGUCCUUUGCCGGCGCCGUUGCGAGCGUCGUUGGAAUGA